GGUCUCACCUCCCCUGUAUGACCCACUGAUCGACUUUCCUCACUUCAGACACUCUGUGCUCUUCUCUGACUCGGACUCUGGAUGAUCAGACCGGUUGACAUGUCGCACUCGGUCCUCCCGCCGGAGAUACAUAACGGCCAUGGAGUCGACGACGAUCACGACUCCGAACCUGAGGAUAUUUACCUGCGGGACAGGCGAAGGGCCAAGUCCUUACCGGCCUACCCCGAGCAGGCCAAUCUGUUCAGCCGUCUCUCUCAGCGCUGCAGGAAGCAGGUCAAGUUCGCCGACGCGCUCGGCUUGAAUCUGGCCAGCGUGAGGCACUUCAGCAUCGCCGAGGAUCCCCAGGUGCCCUCCGAGGUGUUCGCCGCGCUGCGCGCUCUCCCCGCGCAGCACGAGCGCGAGCGCGAGCGCAAGCCUUCCAACUUCACAUUCGCUCGGGACACAGCAGCGGAGGUCACAGAGGCGCGCGCGAAUCGCUGCAGGGUCGCCCUGGAGACGGUCUCCAUGUCCGGGUGGGCCGUGCGCGGGGUCAUACGCGCCAGCGUCGCGCAUAACGGCGAGACAGAAGUCGGGGUGAGGUACACGUUCAACCACUGGGCGUCCUACGCGGACGCGCCCGCGGUGCCCGUGUCUGGAGAGCGCGUGCACGACAUCCAGAGAUUCUCCUUCACUGUGCUCACGCCUCCUUACCUCGAGCCGAACGCGAGUGUGCACUUCGCCGUGUACAUGAGGACUGACCGCGGGGAAUUCUGGGACAAUAACGACGAGCAGAACUACAGUGUGCAGUGUGGCCUCCUGCUGUGAACCCCCCCCGAGUGCAUCUUACUCCACUGUCAACUAGAAUCUGAGCUGAGUGAUUGAAAGAUAAAUAAAUAAAUAAAUCACAUAUCUUCACUUAGGGUUAUGUACUAGUUGGACAGAGCUGGUUCAUGCAAAGACAUCAGCGAUAAUUAUUUACAAUAGCCUCCUAUUUUUAACUAAUAAUUUACAACAUAGAAUAUUUUUGAUAGGCAUGAGCUACUUUUGGCACACUGAUAUCACUGCCUGACCUGAUCCUACAGGUCCAGUAAGCUAUUUUCACAGAAGGUGGUUUCUUUGUGUUACAGUUACACCAAAAUGACAGUAACUCUUCAUCAGCUUGGGUGUAGUGAAGCAUUUGUCCCAUGUGGUCACAUGACCUAAACAUGCUGGCCACCGUAGCUGUCUGUCCAGCAUUAUUUUAGUCACGAGAAUUUGCCCACCUGUCAAAUCUAACGCUGCAUUUCACCCAAACUCUGAAAUUCUGACCUCUGACUAGAUGAAACCCAAAGAAAACACCUCCACAACUCGGAAUUCCUACUCGGAAAGUCAGGAAGAUCUCCUGAACCCCAAGUUCAGCAAGUGACGUCAAAUCAACAUGGCUGCUCACAACAUCAGCUGUAAACAAAUGUGCAACUCUUUCCCUUUAAAUGAGUUAUACUGUAUAUAACGCUCGAACGUAUGGAGAUCGAGAAAUGAUGUGAUUCCAAUUUCUGACUUCCCACUACAGAGUUUUUUUGUUUGUUUUUUUUUUAGAUCCGACAAGUAACCUGCACCAUAAGAUUUUCUGUUAUUGAUCAGUAACAUUUUCCAUGAAUGUCUCUACAAAUAUUGUGUUAUAGAAGACUAACUUGGAGCUUUUAUGUAGCUAACAUUGCAGUUAGAAUUAUGGGUAUGUAUUUACACUUGCCAUCGAGUGUGUAGCAGUGUUCCUGGUGCAGAACCGUUGUCUUGCACACAUUAAAUCAGUGCCAGAACAUCCUCCGGUCUGUUGACUGCGUCAGCACACACUUUAACGCCGGUUCUUCAAUGCAGAUGUGUUCAUGGACCUUAUAACGUCCAGCGAAGUACUCAAUUUUCUAUGUUGAGGCCGUAAAGCUGGACCUUUAAACUCUGAAAAGCGCAUAUUACCUUACAUAUGUUGUUUUUUAGUUUGUUUUUUUUUUUUUUUUUACAUGCUUUGAUGAAAGGGUUGGUUUGAUUAAAGGCUUUUUUCAUUGUGAAAUGUAGGCUUCAAACAGCGACUCGUGUUAAGUUGUAUGCAUAUCAUAGCCAUUUCAUACGAUCGGAUAUGUUUUAAGCUUGUAAUACUAUGCAUGCAUCUAAGUAACUAUAACUAAUGGUAAUGAAUGGAGAAAAACUAAAAUAGCACAAAUGUGUUAUUAAAAUUCUUGUUUUUUUUUUUUGUGCAUUUAUUGCAAUUUCAUGGAAUAUUUAGGAACUUGCCAAAGACAAACCACAAAUUCUGCUUCAUUAUACAAUCCACAGCAAAGUGCUAGUAAAGAGUACGAACAUUACCUCAUGUCAGUGAAUCUCAGUACCACACAUGAAAGCAGAAAAUGUUGAGUCUUUGCAGAUCGAGCGAGUGAAUACAGGCGAAGCUAAACUCUGAAUAAAAUGGCCAUGGUGGGGGAAAAAAAAGCAGCUUCACUUUUUUUUAAUUUUUUUUUUUAAUCUACAAAUAAUAAGAGUUUGAUUGAAUGUCCUGUCCCUUGAGAUUGACAUACAAGACCGUGCAAAAGUCUGUACAUGCAAAGAUGCCUUCAAAAAUAAUGACAUUAAAUCUUUCUCCAUUAAAAAAAUAAAUAAAUACCACAAAGAGCAGUAAACAGUAAUAAAUGAAACAAAGGCAAUAUUUGGCUUGACAACACUUUGCUUAAAAAAAAUAGUAGUCUCAGGUAGAAUGAGUGCAGUGUUAUAAGGAAAUGAGCUGUUAGUUUUAUCGAGCAUCUUGCAGAACCAGUCACGGUUCUUCUGGAGACUUUGACUGUCGCUCUCGCUUCUUAUUUUUGCAGCAAAACCCAGCAGCCUUCAUUGUGUUUUUUGUCUGAAAACUGGUCUAUUAUAUAAUAUCCUGCUUUCUUUACUGACAUACAAACAUUUUUCUGUAACAUUUAAUUUUGAGCUGGAAAACCAAUGUUUCGGAAUCUACCAUGUUUUUUGUACUGACUCGAUAAUGUAGAAGCCAUGACCUAAAAAUCUAUAACAAAGUUUGUACUAAAAAAAAAACUACAAAAAUAGUGUGCUUAAGACUAUUGCACUGUACUGUAUACUGUUUUAAAUCGUUACUAUCCAAAGGUACAAAAGCUGAACAGUGUGACUCCGAGAUAACCAUGAAACACUCUGGGGCAAGAAACAAACUAUGAUGCAAUAUCUGUAUCGCUGAUUUGGGGGAAAAGUUCAUUCGAACAUAAGCAGAACCCGAUGGUUUGGUUGAUAGAUGUUGCUUCUAGAUGUGGAAGAGAACAAGUUUCAAAAGGUUUAGGUGGUUAGACUGGACAUAAUGUAAGGAAUUAGCUAUUAGACCUUUAUCUAUUUCUGAACAAUGCUUCAGGUGAGAAAACGUAGACCUCUAUUGCUUGCGAGUGCAAACAAGAUGAAAAGGAAGUGUUUCGGCGAUGCUUGCAGUUUUGAAACCAUCCAUUUUUUUUUUAUCAGUUUAUUUCUCCCUUGUUGUUGUUUCCGUCGCUGUUUCAGCUCUAAGCAAUGAAAUCUCCUCUCGUAGCUAACGAGAAUGGAUUUUCCUGAACCGUCCAUCACGCCACGCUGAUUUCUUCCGACCACUUUGAUGUUCACAGCCUUCAAGCUGCAUUUGCUAAUCUGUAUGGGACAUGAAGCUCUAUUAGGACAUUGUUUCUUCUGCCUGAAUUGUAGAUGAUGUGGAACUGGAGCUUGUUUCUCACAUACAGUAUUACAACUGACAGCUUCAUUACCCAUCACACAGUCCGAGAUAUCCGAGGCGUCAUUUCCAAUGUGGAUUACGGCCCAGGAUAACGUAGUUUACUCAAGCGAGUUGAAGGAUGAGCAGCUGAUGUAGGUUUUAUUAUUCAGGGUUUAUGAAGGAUGGUCAAAGUGUCACAGAUGGGCCCCUGAGAAAGACCCCGGACUCUGACUUCUCAGAUAAUAUUAAUGUUAAUGUACUGACAACAUUGUGCUUUACGCUUUUCUUUUCCUUACUUUACAGUACUGUUAUUGUUGUUGUUUUUCAUUUGUAGUCAAAUGGCUACCUAUAAUCGAGUAACCUAACCAGAUUACCUACUUAACCUCCUUGUGUUGUAAUGUUACAGUGUUGUAGAGCCACAUAGUAUUUGGAUUAAUACUCAGCUGUCACUUUGCAUAUAGGUGUCUGUAGAUAAAAAUAAAAGUAAAGUGAUUUGUA